AGAAAGAUUCUGCUUGCAUUUUACGAGUUGAGCUCGUGAGGCAGGGAAAUUAACAAAUAUCUCCAGUCCAUCCGCUUGGCUUUACGACUCUAUUAUGUCAAUAAUGUUGUAGGGUUUAAACUAUUAGCCCUUUACUUCGCUUGAACCCAUUGCACUCCAAAACUAAAACGCUAGAAUCCAAGAGGAAAGAACAGAGCUCUUCACAGAAGACAUUUGUGGGGAAUACUAGUGGAAAGCCAGAAUGCAAGCUUGUGGUGGAACUGCAAUGAUGGGUUCUUUGCAGCAGCCUAUGAGAGUUAAUAAACCAGCUUUUCCUUUAAAAGGGUCUCGUUUUGUUGGAUACCCACACCAAGUUAAGCUUAACUCAGUGAAGCCCUGUAGAGCUCAAGUUGAAGGCAGCUUAGCUACAGGGAGGCCUAGCUCUUCAGUCUCUGCCUCUGUUCUCGAAAACAGCUUAGUGGACCAUGGCCUCAGUGAAGCUGAUCCUGAGGUAAGUUCUAUUAUUAAAAAGGAGAAGGAGAGGCAGUUUAAAAGCCUUGAGCUUAUAGCCUCUGAGAAUUUUACAUCCCGUGCUGUGAUGGAGGCAGUCGGGUCAUGCCUCACAAACAAGUAUUCCGAAGGACUACCUGGUAAAAGGUACUAUGGUGGCAAUGAGUACAUUGAUGAACUUGAAAUACUUUGCCAGAAGAGGGCUUUGGCAGCAUUUCAUUUGGAUAAAAAGAAGUGGGGCAUUAAUGUUCAACCGUUGUCUGGUUCUCCGGCAAACUUUGAGGUUUAUACAGCUAUUCUUAAUCCACAUGAUCGAAUAAUGGGUCUGGACUUACCUCAUGGAGGACAUUUGUCACAUGGAUUUAUGACUCCUAAAAGACGAGUAUCUGGUACAUCAAUCUAUUUCGAGUCAAUGCCUUAUCGACUUGAUGAAUCCACAGGCCUUGUUGAUUAUGACAUGCUUGAGAAAACAGCUACCCUCUUUCGACCAAAGCUCAUAAUUGCUGGUGCCAGUGCAUAUCCUCGUGAUUUCGAUUAUCCUCGCAUGAGGAAAAUCGCAGAUGCUGUCGGUGCAUUCCUCAUGAUGGAUAUGGCUCAUAUAAGUGGACUAGUUGCUGCUUCUGUAGUUGCUAACCCCUUUGAAUAUUGUGAUAUUGUGACGACAACUACACACAAGUCUUUGAGAGGUCCAAGAGGUGGUAUGAUCUUCUUCAAAAAGGAUCCUGUUCUUGGAGUUGAUUUAGAAUCUGCCAUCAAUAAUGCUGUUUUUCCAGGUUUACAGGGUGGCCCUCAUAACCACACAAUUGGCGGACUAGCAGUUUGCUUGAAGCAUGCACAGUCGCCCGAGUUCAAGGCUUACCAGAAUCAGGUAGUGUCUAAUUGUAGAGCCCUUGCAAACCGAUUGGUUGAACUUGGCUAUACGUUGGUUUCUGGUGGCACCGACAAUCAUCUUGUGCUUGUGGAUCUGAGGCCAUUGGGUAUUGAUGGGGCUCGGGUCGAGAAAAUACUUGAUAUGGCCUCUAUCACCUUGAACAAAAAUUCAGUGCCUGGGGAUAAGAGCGCACUUGUUCCAGGUGGCAUUCGCAUCGGAUCACCCGCUAUGACCACUCGGGGAUUUAAAGAAAAGGAAUUCAUAGCUAUUGCGGAUUUCAUACACGAGGGUGUGCAAAUAACUAUUGAUGCUAAAGGAUUAGUUUCCGGGUCAUCAAAGCUUCAAGAAUUCUUAAAGUUUGCGGUGUCUUCCGAUUUUGUGUUGACAGAUAAGGUGUCGAGUCUCUGCAGUAGAGUCGAAGCACUUACAACCCAAUUUCCCAUUCCUGGUGUGUGAACAACACCGAUUCACUAAGUAAUUUUUGAGUUAUUAGAGGCUGAGAAGAAACGUGAGAACAAGGUGAAAUCUCCAACACAGAUUCCAGGGUUUAUAUUUGAAUAAUUGAAUGUAUUCACAGAUUUAUGAAAAUUUUCAACUGUUAUUGAGAUCUAAAUCUGGUAUUAUAGCAAGGUAAGGCAAGUUCUUCAGUUCCA